CACGCAUCAACAAAGCCUCUGGUUUUCCUCUCUACUACUCUGUCUCGUCUUAACGCUAAAGCGUCUCCAGCUCUGUCUCGUUUUCCUCUAUCUCGUCUCAUAACAAUGUCACGUUUGCCUCUCUAGCUCAGCAAACCCAUGCCCACAAUAGAGGAACCAAACAACGGCGCACCAUCGAAUCUCAAUCCAACUCGGCGGCGCCACCCUCUAGCUUCUUCUAUUCCAAUCCAACUCAGCGGCGCUUCUUCCGUCUCUCUGCCCUUUUGUUCGAAGUUUCCACUUAUUCUUUAAUUUUCCAUAUGGGUUUUUUUAACUGUUGCCGUUUGUUCUUUGUAUGGCUGAAUUGUUAUUAAUUUUGUUUACCUUUUGGUUUCGCAGUUUUGCUAGGAACAAAACCAAUCUAUUAUUCCUUUUGGUUCAUGGCAGGUGAGAGAAUAAGUUAUUGUAUAUACUUGAAUUAGUAAAACUUCUAAUUGAAUGUUUAAUACUGAUUUCAAUUUGGUUUAUUUUUCUUUACUUUGUCUGGCUGGGUUUGUUAGCAAUGUAUUUUUGGCUGAUCUCAGGAAUAUAUUAUUAGUUCAACAACAGCCAUGUCCCUGUUUCGAAUUUAUAAACUUAAGGCAUACCCUUCUUCUUCUGCUAGGCUAAGGGUUCUGCUACUGCUAUCCAACCAUUCUUUUUAUGGACUAUUAUAUGACCCUUUGAUUUCCCAGCAUUACCGGUUUUGUCCCACUGCUUCAGAUGUCCCAAACCGUCCAUUUUCCACUUCUGCUUUCUCUUCGUUUCACUUAUUAGCUCCUUGUAAAUUUCCCUCACAACCUCUCAAAUUUAAGGCCUCUGCCACCCUCUAUGCAAAUCCCUUUUCUUCUUCGUCGGCACCUAAUGGUGAUGAUGAUCAUGGCGUGUCUAGUUUGACAAUGGUUGAAUCUGAAUCUGAAUGUGAUUUCGAUGCUGAUGUUGGGAAAGCAACUGUUGGAUUAUUGCACAGUCUAGAUGAUGAGGGUUGUAGCACUGUUGGUGAUUCAACCAUGGUUGAAUUUGGAAACGGUGUCAAUGAAGAGGGUAUUGUUGUUGAUGAUUCUAUGGUGGCUAGUUAUAAUAAUGAUGAUGUGGGUUUGGAGAGGUGUGAGGGUCAUUUGAAUGUUGCCUCGCGGGAUCCUGUUGAAGUGUAUCGUGAGUUAAGAAAUGCCGAGAAGGGUGUGAAGCAGACACGGUGUGAUUGGGAGAUAAUGCAACAAGUGUUUAGUUAUUUUGGGAAAUCGGGUUGGGCGUCUAAUCAGGCUCUUGCAAUCUACAUUGGGAUGUCAUUCUUUCCUACUGCAGUGCAAAAGUUCCAGAACUUUUUCUUCAAGAAAUGUUCUGCUGAUGUUUUUAAGUAUGUGGUGUCGCUUGGUCCAUCCGAUGAUGCUGUCAAGUUCUUGUUUCCUAUAUUCGUGGAGUAUUGUUUAGAGGAGUUUCCUGAUGAGAUUAAGCGGUUUCGGGGUAUGAUUGAGUCGGCAGACCUUACCAAGCCCCACACUUGGUUUCCAUUUGCACGGGCUAUGAAACGGAAGAUAAUAUAUCAUUGUGGCCCAACCAAUAGUGGUAAAACUUACAAUGCUCUGCAACGGUUUAUGGAGGCCAAGAAGGGUAUCUAUUGUAGUCCUCUCAGAUUAUUGGCUAUGGAAGUCUUUGACAAGGUGAAUGCACAUGGGGUUUACUGUUCUCUACUUACAGGUCAAGAAAAGAAAUAUGUCCCUUUUUCAAACCAUAUUGCCUGUACUGUGGAAAUGGUGUCGACGGAUGAAUUGUAUGAUGUGGCUGUUAUUGAUGAAAUUCAGGUGAUGGCAGACUCAUGUAGGGGUUAUGCUUGGACGCGGGCAUUGCUUGGAUUGAAGGCUGAUGAGAUACAUUUAUGUGGGGAUCCGAGUGUUUUGAGUAUUGUUCGAAAGAUCUGUGCAGAAACUGGGGAUCAGCUGCAUGAACAACAUUAUGACAGGUUUAAGCCAUUGGUGGUUGAAGCCAAGACCCUGUUGGGAGAUCUUAAAAAAAUUCGUUCUGGAGACUGCGUGGUUGCUUUUUCGAGGAGAGAGAUAUUUGAGGUUAAAAUGGCAAUUGAGAAACGCACCAAUCACCGCUGUUGUGUAAUUUAUGGUGCUUUGCCACCAGAAACUCGUAGACAGCAAGCUACCUUAUUCAAUGAUCAAGAUAAUGAAUUUGAUGUGCUUGUUGCUAGUGAUGCUGUUGGAAUGGGUUUGAAUCUUAAUAUUAGAAGGGUUAUUUUUUAUAGCCUUUCGAAAUACAAUGGAGACAAGAUUGUUCCAGUUCCAGCAUCACAAGUGAAACAAAUUGCUGGAAGAGCUGGCCGAAGAGGAAGCUGCUAUCCAGACGGACUCACAACAACCUUGCAUUUAGAAGAUUUAGACUACUUGAUUGAGUGUUUGAAGCAACCUUUUGUAGAAGUAAGGAAAGUAGGUCUCUUUCCAUUCUUUGAACAGGUUGAACUAUUUGCCGGGCAACUGCCCAAUGUUACAUUCUGCCAUCUACUUGAAAAGUUUGGUGAAAAUUGCCGUCUAGAUGGGUCAUACUUUCUGUGUCGACAUGAUCACAUAAAGAAGGUUGCUAAUAUGUUGGAGAAGGUACAGGGAUUAUCUCUUGAAGAUCGUUUUAACUUUUGUUUUGCCCCAGUUAAUAUAAGAGACCCAAAAGCAAUGUACCAUCUCCUUAGGUUUGCUUCAGCAUACAGUCAGAAUGUACCUGUCAAUAUUGCAAUGGGCAUGCCAAAGGGUUCUGCUCGAAAUGAUUCAGAGCUCUUGGAUCUUGAGACUAAGCAUCAAGUGUUGUCUAUGUAUAUGUGGUUAUCAAACCACUUCAAGGAGGAAACUUUUCCAUAUGUGAAGAAGGCUGAGGCAAUGGCAACGGACAUUGCUGACUUAUUAGGUCAGUCUCUGACCAAAGCCAAUUGGAAACCAGAAUCAAGGCAGGCUGGGAAACCGAAGCCUCAACGGAAGGAAGAUUGUUAUGAGAGGCCAAGAUCACUUAUCAAAUUAUAUGAGAAGUAAUGGAUGGCUUCCUUUGGUCAAUGAAAGAUUUUUACUAUUACUAGUGAGUUGGGGGGUAGCGUGGUAAUUAGCAAGUUUGUGCUUUAGUUGAUUACAACUCAUGUAUUGCAAAUUAUGCCAUGCCAAGGAAAACUGUCAUUGUGGGUGAUGAGUUUCUAAAUUCUAUAUAGAAGUGGGAAUGAAACUAGCAAUGUCUGGGGGAUUACAAAUUAUAUAUUUAUGAGAUGAUGGAGCUGGAAUAUUCGCAAGGGACAGAGACAAGUCUAGUGGUAUUUAUUUUUGUGUUUAUUAAUUUGUACAGUACUCUUUGUUUUCUUAUGUGUCCAAUGUGAAUUGGUAUAACGUUUGCUAACAUGGAUACCUCUUAUAUUAUUAUGAAUUAAUAGAUUUAUGGGUAAACUUGG